CGCUACUGCAUGCUGAGCCGCACCGCCACCUUCUUUUCCCUAUCCCGUGUGAUCGCGCAUCGCACACAGGCCCGCCCUUUCGCACCGCCUGCAAGCCUCCCCUAUCGUCGCACACCCCCUCCGACCCGCUCCGCCUUCGCCUGCCUGCACCGCGACAUGCCGUCGGCCGUCGCCGCCAAUGGCGGCCUUCCCGCCGCGCUACAGGGCCUGCAGCCCGAGGGGCUGUGGCGCCACUUUGGGGAGCUGUCCAAGAUCCCGCGCCCCUCCAAGCACGAGGAGAGGGUGCUGGAAUGGCUGAAGAGGUUCGCCACAGACCGUGGGCUGGACUGGAAGCAGGACAAGGUGGGCAACAUCGUGAUCUACCGCCCCGGCAGCGGCGGCGGCGAGAAAGCGCCGCCAGUCAUCAUCCAGGGCCAUGUGGACAUGGUGUGCGAGAAGAACGCCGACGUCAGCCACGACUUCAUGAGUGACCCUAUUAGGCUGGUGCGGGAUGGCGACUGGAUCACUGCCGAUGGAACCACGCUGGGCAGCGACAAUGGCAUCGGCGUGUGUGCCGCCCUGGCCCUGCUUGACCUGCCGCAGAGCGAGCUGCUGCCACCGCUGGAGUGCCUGUUCACAAUCGACGAGGAGACGGGGCUGACGGGCGCCUUCCAGCUGGACGGCACCAUGCUGCACGGCCGCACGCUGCUCAACCUGGACACCGAGGACUGGGGGGACGUGUUCAUUGGCUGCGCGGGCAGUGGAGACUCCAUCCUGCUCCUCAAGCCCGAGCUGGAGCCGGUGCCUGCCGGGUUUGUGGGCGUGGAGGUGGAGGUGAAGGGCCUGCUGGGCGGGCACAGCGGCAUCAACAUCAACGAGGACAGGGGCAAUGCCGUAGCCAUGGCGGCGGCGGUGGCAGAGGCCAGCCUAGCGCACGUGCCAGCAGCGCGCCUGGUGACCAUGCAGGGUGGGGACAAGCGCAACGCUAUCCCGCGCGAGUGCUCUGCGCUGCUCGUGGUGCCGGCCGACCAGCUGCACAUGCUGAAGGGCGCCAUUGGCCACCGCUUCGCCGCAUUCGAGCAGGAGUUUGGAAAGAAGGAGCCGGGCCUGUCCAUCACUGCGACCCCCGCCGCCACCAUCCCCGCCACCUGCCUCACCGCCGCAGGCGGCCAGCAGCUGCUGGACCUGCUGCUCACGCUUCCGCACGGCGUGAUCAAGAACAGCCAUGCGGUGCCGGGUCUGGUGGAGACCUCCUCCAACCUGGCCUCCAUCGAGCCGCAGGAGGUGGCUAGCGGCAAGGCCGCCUUUGCCGUGCAGUGCUCCACACGCAGCAGCCUGAUGCCGGCGCUGGAGCAGGUGCGUUCAUCCAUCACCCGCAUUGGCCGUCUGUGCGGCGCAGAGGUGGAGCAGGACGUGGCGUAUCCCGGCUGGGCGCCCAACCCCAGCUCUGCCAUCGUGAAGAUGACUGCAGAAGCCAUCGGCCGUGUCACAGGCAAGGCACCCGAGGUGAAGGCCAUCCAUGCGGGCCUGGAGUGCGGGAUCAUUGGCGAGAAGCUGCCGGGCCUGGAGUGCGUCAGCUACGGUCCCACCAUCACGGGCGCGCACUCCCCUGAUGAGAGGGUUCUCAUCCCCACGGUGCCGCCUUUCUGGCAGGCGACGGUGGAGAUCCUGAGGCAGCUGGCGCGGCGGACGUAGGCAGAGGGAGUUGAUGGGAGCUGCAGCCAGCUUUGUUGCAGGGGUGUAAUAUUUGUGUAGCUGCCUGGUAAGGAAUUCGUUUUGGC